CACCCGCUGGCUCAGAGUCAGAAAUUCAGCAGUCCAACGCGUCUUCCAGUCUCCGCCCCCGGCAAGCAAGACCGCAAAAGCCACUCCUUUUUCUCCUCCGCCCAAACCGCCGCCUCCCCUCCUCUCCUCCCCUCCUCCUCACCCGAGUCACCUCCGCUCUCUCAUCCUCCUCCAGCAGUCCCCGCAGCGGCAGCUUCACUGCGGCGCUCAUCGCAAUCGCAAUCCCCUUCUCCCUGGCAUCACCAGCUUGUCAGCUGUGGAUAAUUUUAAGUCUCUAGAAGCCAUUUUCUAAAGAACAUUCUGGGAAGAGGUUGCGACUGCAUUUCUGUUGAUUAACAUGGACUACUCUUCUGGUUCCUACUUCUCACCAUGGCCUGUCAAUUCUGCCUCUGAGAGCUACAGUUUGGCUGAUGGUUCAGUGGAAUCAUUUGGAGAAGGAAGCAUGCCACCUUCAAGCUAUUUCAUGACAGCUAGAUCAGAUCACAGUUUAAAAUUCAGUGGGCAUGAACAGGACUCCGCUAUGCUUACAAACGAGCGAUUGACCUAUGUUGGUACUGGACAAGCUGAUCUGUUACCUGGUGAGAUUCUAUCUAGGGAUAAGAUUCCUGAAAAUCUUCUGGAGCUUCAACAACUGCAGAACAAUGGCAAUCUGCAGAGUAAUUUAGUGAACCCACGGGUGCUUCAGCGCACUUCAACACCAGGAGGAUUUCAUCAGCAACUGAAUACAUCUUGCCUUUCAGAAAUGCCUCAUGCCUUAUCCAGUUCAAUUGAUAGUAACAGCAGUGAAGUUUCCGCAUUUCUCGCUGAUGUCAAUGCUGUGUCUUCAGCCUCGACCUUAUGUCCCACAUUCCAAAAUCAUCCUUCAUUCAUGGAACCAGUGAAUAUAGAAGCUUUCAGUUUCCAAGGGGCACAAAGUGAUGCUAUUUUGAACAAAACAAGCCAUCCAAACAGGAACAUCUCAGUAUUUGACAAUGCUGCCUUGGCAUCACUACAUGAUAGCAAAGAGUUUAUCAGUAGUAGGCUUCCCUCGUUUUCUAGUGUCCAGGAAACAAACCUAGCUGCCAUUGGUUUCAAGACUCAAAAGCAGGAGCAAAAUCCAAUGUGUAAUGUGCCUAUCCCUGCUUUCACUGCUCAUAACCAGAUGGCAGUCACCACAACACAAGGAGCUCAGAUUCCUCAACAGAUGCCUUCAUUGGUCAAUGAAAAUAAAAGUGAACGUCCUGUUAGCCAUCCUUCUGAUGUACAAAACCAAGCAAAUUCAGCUGGAAAUGGCGUCGGCAUGAAGCCACGAGUAAGGGCUCGUCGUGGACAGGCAACUGAUCCUCAUAGUAUUGCUGAACGGCUUCGCAGAGAAAAAAUUUCAGAUAGGAUGAAAAAUCUGCAGGACCUUGUCCCUAAUUCCAAUAAGGCAGACAAGGCAUCCAUGCUGGAUGAAAUAAUUGAUUAUGUGAAAUUUCUUCAGCUUCAGGUCAAGGUCUUGAGCAUGAGUAGGCUAGGAGCUCCCGGAGCAGUUCUUCCCCUUCUCACAGAAUCCCAAACUGAGGGUUGCCACGGUCAACCUCUGUCAGCUCCAACCGAUGCACAAGGACUGCUGGACGCACAAGACUCAGAAGAUGCCUUAGCCUUUGAGGAAGAGGUGGUCAAGCUGAUGGAAACAAGCAUCACCAGCGCAAUGCAGUACCUUCAGAAUAAGGGGCUCUGCCUGAUGCCAGUUGCUCUCGCUUCCGCCAUAUCCACCCAGAAAGGCGUGGCCGCCGCUGCGAUCCCUCCUGAACGGUGAAGUGAAGACACAUGCUCCUCCCAUCAGCAUGAGGAAAGAACUGCAGGAGGCAGAACCUGACUGCUGAAGACGCAGUAUACCCCGUGGAGUACAAAGAUAGGAAGUUAGUCUGACCAAAUUCCAGAUCAUGGCCUAAUCUACUAAUCUGCUUCUCGGAACCUGUUGCACAUCAAUUGAUGUGUAUUUUUUUCCUCUUUUCUGCUUUUCCUUUUUUUUUCCUGGAUUGCAUCAGGGACUCAGGGUGCUCAGGACAGGGUGUAGUUGCGGUUUGAAAAGUUUGUAUCUGGAUCUCUAUCAGGGUCUCUCUUUUGUGCAUACAAAAUGUGAUGUCUACCGGUUCAGUUUUUCUAUA